AUAUGGCCGAUCGCGAAGAAAAUAAAAUAGAGAUGACGGACAUUGAAGACAGUGAACCAGAGGAAGGCGAUGCCGAGGUGCUGGAUCUUGGAGGCCAAAACUUAACAUCUAUUCAAUUGCCAGAAGGGGCUGUGCCAAAAACUUUGAUUUUGGACAACAACAACUUAAGUAAACUUGAUGGCUUAGAACAGUGUUGUGGACUUACUCAGCUUUCUGCAGUGAACAAUCACAUUGUGAGGAUGUCAGGCCUCCAUAAACUCCAGUCACUUACUGUCUUGAGUCUGUCUGGUAACAGUAUUGUGGCCAUUGAAGAUUUACAGACACUGACUGAGCUAAUGUGGCUUGACUUAUCCUCUAAUUCUAUUAAGAUGAUCGAACAUUUACCCAAGGGAGGGAAGCUUCACUACUUAGAUUUAUCUGGUAAUGACAUCAAUCACAUAUCAGAUCUCAGCAGCUUUGCUCAGCUAAAGACCUUACUGUUGCAUGGCAAUGACAUCUCAUCGCUGAAGCCAGCAGCCACUUGUCUCCCUCCCAGUCUGACAAUACUUUCCCUAGCAGGAAACAGCAUUUAUGAUUUAAAUGAGAUUAGUUACCUGACUGGCUUAUCACACCUGCAACAACUGUCCAUUGCUGAUAAUCCAUGUGUGCUAAUGACAGAAAAUAACAAAUAUCCUUUAGCCUAUCCUACUAUUAUUAAAUAUUUUUACUUAACUGUGACUACAAAAUUUGAUUAUUAUCCAUUUAUUUGGAACUGGUGUCCUGCAGUGGAGAUUGUUGAUGGCUUUAUUUUGACAGAGAAAGAAAAAUUGUUGGGAGAAUGGCUGUACAGUCAGGGCAAAGGUCGUCACUUCCACCCUGGUGAGCACUCACAGCUGGUGGAAUAUCUGGUCAGCAUUUGUCCACUGACAGAGACAGAAGAGCUGUGUGCCAAGGAAGACAGUAAACUGAGCCAAAUCCUGAGCCAGCAGCGACUGUAUCAGCAGCAAGUCCACCAGCAGCCAGCCAACAACAGACAUGAUGUCCACCCACACAGACACGAGGUCCACCCACACAGGCACGAUGUCCAGUCUGACCACAGUCCACUGUCCAGUCCUGGUGCUGGCUGCUCACACAACAACCUACAGGAUGCUGAUGAGGAUAGUUCAGACAAGACCUCACCUCCCAGUGACCUGCACACUGUAGACUUGAACAAGCCAGCCAGAACUGUUUGGGCCAAGCCUGUUGACUCAAGUGUUCUCUCCCAUGUCAAGAAACAGAUAGCUCACACAAAUGAUCUCAUGCUUCAAGAUGUAUCAUCAGAAUAUGAUGCCAGAAGCAGCAUAAGCCUACUGGAGUCUGAUUCUGUCUACCUGCCCUUUGACUCGCCUGCUAGUCCAGUGCCUGCCCACAGACCUUUCACUGCCCCAGAGAAACUAACAGAGCAGCCGCCCAGGAAGCCAGUACCUCCCAGUGUAUCCCAGUUCCCAGACACCCACCUACCCCGUCCCUUCACCGCAGCCGACGCCAGACAUCGUAUGUUCACCAAACACGACUCAGCAGAUCAAAGACCCAUUCGACCCUCUAAACAAAACUUUAAGCCCGCAUUUGAAGUAGCUCGACCUUUGACCUCAAGUUCAGAGCCAUCAGUUCGCACCCACAAGGACGCUGCGCCGCCAACCGCCCUGAGCCAGGACUACGAGUCCAGCAGCGAACAAACUGCCAGUGAGUCUGAGACCAUUUCUUCCAAAUCUGCCGGCCCUUCAUUCCAGGCUGCCCCCAAAGACAAGCUCAGCCACAUCAAAUCAAUCGCAGGCAGUAAAAAAGCUGGCAUUCAACCCAAUGGAUACAACAUUCAAGAAAAGACUUUGGCUGCUCAGAGGCUGAGGAAACCACCUGCGUCUAACCAUGUGUCCGCAUCUAGUCUUGCCACUAAAGCUUUAAAACAGCACAGUGCAUUGAAACUGAACACAGCUAAAGAGGGCUUUAAACCUCACUCACCUGCAACAGGUAACAGGAACAAUUCUCAAACCCUGGACAGGUCGAGGAAGGAGGAGCCAAGCAUUAUGGGCAGCCCAUCUGGCUAUGACAGCAAGCAGGUCAAAGGUCAGCUCAAUCUCCACAGGAUGGAGUUAAAAAAAGAUGUCAGAACACAUGAGAAGCUACAGCUGGAAAACAAGUCUUACACAGGCACCACAGAGGGCACUCAUCUUAGAGAAACCAGAGCAGCUGUGUGCAUACAGUCCUACUGGAGAGGGUACUGGGCCAGAGAACACAAUGCCAAUGUCAUGUCCAUUAGGAAGGAGAUCCGGGCCCGCAGAGCAGAAGAUCAUAUCAUGUUGUUGAGGAAAGAUUUGGAAAGGAAUCAAAAGCUGUAUGAAGAGGAGAAAAGGCUUAGAAUCCUGCAAAUGGAGGCAAUCAAACUUUUAUAUCAUGAGGUCCAGGUCCUCAAGUCUCACAGCAUGACCUCCAGCAAAGAGCUGAGCAGCACAGAUGGCUGCAGCAAUACCUCCAGCCAUGCCAACACCUUCAGCCCCAUGACCACAGGUGUGUCCAGCGUCUCAGCCCCAGCACCCAGUGGCUACAGUGAACUGAACAGGACACAUGAGCUAGAGAGGACUUGUCUCAGUCUCCAGGCACAGGUGUCUCAGCUACAAGAGGCUCUAUUGUCUGUGUCCUCGGCUGUCUUCAAACCAAACAGUUUGGACGGUGCCAGCUUUGAUCUCACUGACCACUCAGAUGCUGUGCAGGUGACUUCAUAUGUCAACAAUGACUUGCACAGACAGAGGCAUUCAUCAGAUGAUUCCUGUCACUGGGGCUGCAUUCCCCACUCUCUGUCCCCUUAUAUAUCAGAAGAGGAGGAGAGCUACUAUCUACGAGUCCCCACCCCAGGGGCUCCCACCCCACCACGAUGUCUUCAAAUGCAGCACCACAGCCCCACAGCCCUGUGGCUGACGUGGCAGGCCUCGUCUUGUAUCGGCAGGACAUGGGAGGAGGAGGAGGGGAACAAGCACAUCAUUGGUUACAGAAUCUAUGUCAAUGAUAAAUUAAAAGCUUUUAUAAGCCAUUCAACAUCUGCACUAGUUGAAGGUUUAAAUCCUACAACAACUUAUAAGCUGUAUGUAAAGGCCUUGUCUGGGCUGGGAGAGUCCUAUGAAUCAAAUAUUCUGAUGGCCAAACUAGCCAUGGGACCAGAGAGACUGAAGGACAAUGUCAGCAGUGGCACUGACGUGUCACAUGACAGUGACAAAGACCUGGAUUCCACUGAGCCCAAACUGACAAAACACAGAAAAAUUCGCAAGUCUCCUCGCUCGGAGAAGAAGAGUGUAUCUAAGUCAUAUAGGCAGAGAACUUCAGAUAUGUCAGGAGCUUCGCUAAAUUUGAACAGCAACAAUUCUGCUGCGGAUGCCAUCUUCACUCACCCAAAACUGUACAAACAUCGCAAACCCAGGAGCAAAGACCUCCACCAUGAGGACCACAGUGACACCAGCUUUAAAGAGACAAGUCCUACUCCAGGCAUGGAGGAAAGAAAAUCACCAAACUCUGCUAAGAGAGAAGCUUUGAGAAAACUGCACCAACCUGUAUCAUUUGAAAUCCCUAAAAAGAAUGAACAGGAGUGUUCUGAACUUAAACAGUCCAACAAGAAGGACUCUCCUAGGAAUAAGGAAUCUCCAGCCAGUGGCUCAAGUAAACCUGAGUCUCCUGCUCAUAACAAAAGAAAAGAAGAAGCUGCCAGAGUUUCUCCUGGUGGCUCACCAUCCUGCGGUUCUGAGGGGGAGCACACGUUGAAGUGUGAGCCCAAACUGGAACCUGAGCCCAAGCUGGAACCUGACGCAGCAACUUUAAAACUCUCCCCCAGUGCGGGCAGGAGCCAGUCGUCCAGCAUGUCAGGGACAUUUACUGUAGAUAAAGCCAACUCGUUCCUGGAAAGUCUAAACGCCAUCACAGUGUCAGCACUGGCCAGCUCCAACCUUGGGAGUCCCACAAGUGGAAGUAGAGGACAUCGGAGAACACGGAGCAGGGACUACCAGACCACAGAGAAGGCUGCGGAGGUCAGCACUGAGGUGGAUCUGAUGACAGAAGAAUCUAGAAGGUUAGGUAAGGACAAGGUUGAGGGCAGUGAUGGCUCCACAGGGGAGGAUUUGUUGUCUAAAAUUAGAAGUCACAGGAGGAAGCGCAGCAAGGAGAUGGCAGCGCAGGUUUCAGAAUGGAGAAAGGAGGAAAUGUUGGGGGAGGGAGGCGAGGAAAAGCUGGACAGUGUAGCAGAGAGUCAGGCCAACAGGCAUGAAGACGAUGCUGGCCACUUACCUGACCCUGUCCACCUGUCAAACAGGCCUGUCAUUGAUGGGCGUCACAGGCACUCGUCAGGCAGCCGUCCCAACAGCCCUGUUGUUGCUGUGGUGACUGGGGAGGACAAGCCUCGCCUGACUGUGGCUGAGCAGAUGCUGAACAAGCUGCGAGAAUCUGCUCGCAGUGAGGAGAGCUCUAAGCUGGAUGUGAACCGCAGGUCCUCCAGCAUUGAGUCCAUCUCCAGCGCCACCCGCGGGGACACGUCCAGGAGGUCGCCCAGUGUUGACUCUCUGCCUGAAAGUAUUAAAGAGGACAGUGAAGCAAAUCCUGAUGGCAAACAGGGCAAUCUCCCAUCUGGCAUUCGCUUGGGCCAUUCCAGAGACCCUGCUAGGGGAGGGGGCGGAGAUUCUUUCCAGACUAGGUCAGCAAGGGAGACAAACUCAAUGGUAUCAAAACUCCUGCUCAAGCUGGAGAGCAUCACCCAGCAGAAGAACCCGCCAUCUAAGAAAGAGCAGCUAGUUACAAAGAAAUCCAACCCUGAAGAGAGAGACCAUGACACAGGUUCUAAGCCCCCCUCUGAUGAUGAGAGGAAGACUGGGCGCAGGUCGCGUAACUUGAGUGAGAGCGACGCAGAGGGCGGACCACAGCUGCCUCCUAGGGCACCCAGUGAGAGCUCAUCAGGCAGUCACUCUGACGACAACAGGCAGUCGCGACGUACUCACAGAAGAACUCCAUCGGACCACUGGCCAGCCCCACCUUUGGAGUGUGAUCCUACCCGCCCUACACACAGCCCAAUCAUUAUGGAAGGAAACAGCAAAAAAUCUGGCUCAAGUGUGAGGAGGAACCAGUCAUUUCAUGGCAUUCUCCCCUCCAAACACCAGGACACUAAAACCACCCCUCCAUCUAAUGAGGAAUCAUCAUCAAAAACAGAAGAGCAGAGUGCAGUCCCAUAUGAUGUGCCAGUUCGCUCCAAGUCCCACCUGAGAUCCCGUACCCCCAGCCCAGUAGGGAGCAGGACCCCAGUCUUGAGUGCAGCACAGCUGAAGAAACAGUCAGACAGUGGAAAAUCUCUCACAAAUCAUCCCAGCAAAAGUUAAACACAGAUCAUAUUUACAUUGCUCAUCUGUUGUUGUUUUUUAAAAAUCUUACUUUAAAAGAAAAAUUCUUUGUGAUUAAAUUGUUUAAUAAGGUAUCACUGAGCUAGUUUAAAAAGGUGAAGCUUGGUUUUUAUAAAGUGUAACAUUGUACGCUCUGCUAGUCACCACCAUUGUAUUGCUAUCUAAUAUUUAUCCAUUGUGGUUACAGUUUAAUUUCAUUUAAAAAACAAUCAAAAUGAAUCAUUUUAAUUACUUCUGAUGUUAUAGAAAAACUUUUUCUCCAAUCUACUGGCAGGCCAACACCUUUAAAAUUUGUUUCUUUACAAUUUUACUUAGAACAUUUAGACAAGGGUAUCACGGAUUUUCUCCACUCAUUAUAGUUUUUUUUUAAAUAAUUAUCUGCUAUUACCUUCUACCUAUAGUUUUCUUUCAACCAAUUCUGUGUCAUUAUGCACCUUCAUUCAACUUUAACCACCAAGAAAAUUUGAACAUGCAGCCGUACCUAUUUUUUAAUUUUCAUUUUUAAAUUCAGUCCGAAGAAUUUUCAUGUGACGUUUGAUAUUAUUUGUUUUUCAUUAUUUUUCUCCACUGCCAAACAUCUGCAGUAUUUGAAGUUUUUAUGCCUACAUCAUCCAUGGUUAUGAUGUUACCAUCCAUGCAUUUCAUAUUGUCUCUUCUAAAAUAGCAUCUUUAACCACAGUAUUUCCCUCAUGGCAUUUGGCUUGAGUCCAUCUGUAGAGUAUUAACAGGUAUACACCCACAUUUAUGAAAAACACUCACUGGAACUGUUUCAUCCUUGUGUUUGAUUAAAACUUUGUGUCCUGAUUUUCAAUUAUUCUAACAUGUAAAUGGUUCAGUGAUGAUUUUAAGCAUUGUAUGUUGUGCUGUAUGGUUCAAUGAUUUAUAUAAACAUUGUAUGUCAUUUCAGUUCCCAUGUGACAACUGGCUUUUGGCCUUGAGCCUUGGCCAUACAUAAUAAAAAUACUAUAUAUUUAGUAUCGUUGUGAGUCAUACGUGUACAGUUUUAACUGUCAAACCCCCUUCCCAUAACCAUCAUUGUAAUGAAAAUUAACAUCAAUUUAAUGAUCAAAACCACAUAAUAUAUGCUACAUCAUAUUUCAUACCAUACCCUUACCAUACCAUCAUUAGACACCAACACCAUAUCAUAUAUGUAAUACAGAGACUGUAUAAACAAUGUCUACAAAUUAUGCAUGGCGUUUGUAAUGUACCAGGACUACUCAUGUUACAAACUGAAUUGUUGAGUUCAAGACUUAUCAGAUUUUUGUCUGGACUAACUUAGCUUAACGUCACAAUAAAUUGUACUAGUGACACAAGUAUCAUCUUAAUGUACACUAAAUUAAUUGUGAAAAGUUCAUUAGAAAAUGCCACUUUUAUCUUGUUAGAAAUGCAUGUCGUCCGUGUUUUGAUGAAGUUAUUUAUAGUUUAAAUACUUGUUUCUAUUUUUCACUCCAUCAAUUGUAUUGUGUGCAAUUUUCAAGACAUCUAGCUAAUAUAUAUAGACUACUUCAUUUUCAUUUUGUUGGCAUUAUAAAAACUGCAUUGAUACUAGAAAUUGUAGAAAAUAGAGUAACUGUCCAUUAUUGUGUAAACUUUGUUGUGGGAUUUUCUAUAUUUUAUAUAAGAAACUGUGUUAUUUCUCCUUCUUUUGGUGCACUAUAAAUUGAGCUUUCUGUCAUACUUCAUACUUAUUUAACAAGUAGAUAUUUUGUUUAAUUUUCAUAUUGUUCUGAUCCUGUUACAAAAAUGCAUUACCUAAUGAACCCCAUUUUUUGUAAAUAUUUUUUACUCCAUUUCUCAUCUUCAAAAUGUCAAGUUGGUUAUUUUCUUUUUUUUCUUGAUCAGUAUGUCUAUAUUGUUAUGUAAAUAAUUGCCUGUGAUGUUCAACGUUUUAACUACUGUAACUGGAAAUUAUUUCUAUUGAAAUAAAUUCAAAAGAAAAUGUUAAAGUCUACGAGUGAAUGAAACUAUUCAGGUUGUUGUCUCUAAAACUUCAACACUAGACAUGUACUACAGCACUACCAAUGAUUACUGAUCACAUACCAGAGCAGAUAAUCUUGUCCAGAUAAAUACUUGCCUUACUUAAUAUUUGAGGAGUUAUCUAUUCACAGCUUUAGAUAUGACAAUCUAACAAGUGGUGUUGUUUUAAGAUAAAAGUUAUUCCUAUAAGAAUCUAGUCCCAUCAAUUGACUUUCCAGUAGCAAGGUAUAAAUUGCCUCUAUACAUUUACUGUUCACAUUUGGUUUGAGAUACCAAAGUAGUGGCAAGACUAAAAUGAAUGGCAAUGUUAGUUACUUAAAACAAAAUUAUUAUGCAAAAAAUCAACAAUCAUAUAUCACCUCCUCUGAUUUCUUUACAGAGUAUUUGUGUAUUAUGCUUGUAUUGAUUUAUCAUAGAACCAAACUGAUGAGAUAGACUUAUUUGCAUACAAGUUAGCAUUCACACAGAAAUGGACUAAUCUCACUGCAUUUUUAAAGCCA